AUGGCGUCCUCUUUGUUGGUGUCGACUUUGGCGAGAGCCGGAGGAGGCUCCAAUCAACCUUCGCAGUUGCAGCAGAGGAAUGGGUCUGAUCAACCUUCAAUCCGAUCAACCUUGGGUUUCGGGUUGAAUGGGUUUGGGUUUCGGCUCCGAUCAACCAUGAGAAUGAGAAAUAAAAAGAGCACAAAGCAAGUAAAUAGAUCUGGGUUUCGAGUUGAUGGUGGUUGGACUGUGAGAGAGAAGAAGAAGAAGAAGAAGAAGAGCGUCAGCCCAUUUUGGGCUCUCUCAAAAAAAGUAAACAAGACUGGACAGACUGUGAGAGAGGAGAAGAAGAAGAGCGUCAGCCCAUUUUGGGCUCUCUCUGUAGAGCUUUCAUUAGAGAAGGCAAAGGCUUUGACUGGUGUGCUGAAGGAGUUGUACUGUGCGAAUGUCAUUGGCAGUACUACAGAUUCUAAUAGAAACCUUGCUGGCAAUGUUCACAUGUGUGCUACUACAGAAAGAAUCUCUGCUGAUGCAAAGAGCUGGUUAGGAAUGGCAAGUGUAGCAGCGGGAAAAAAAAAAGGAGCUGCAUGGAAGACGUCAACAGCAAGAGGAAGAAGAGGAAGGAAAAGUUAA